UCCUGGUCGCUAGGUGGCGCCGUUUGUUGCACAUUUCCGGUUGUCCGUCAGAUUGCUCUUCCGGGGUACAAUGUUUACAAACGAGCUGCGGCAGAAUUUGAGUAUUUUGUGAGACUGGAUAAAACGCGACAUGCUGAUGGUGGUAUAGGACUUGUGCACCUUUAAGCGACUGAAGCAGCAGAAUCUCCGUCUCAAGAUCAGCUGCUGACGGUCCAGCUGUAAAUAAAGGCAUGAAGAAGAAAAGCAGAAACUCCAGAUCUACAGAGACGUCGUGGCUGCAGAAGACGGGAGACACAAACCAGAAGAGGAGGCCUAACAGAGGGAGACCCAGAAAAGGUCAAACUGCCGCCGCAGACGGGCCCGAAACGGAUCCGACCGCCAGCACAGACCCCAGCGUGGCGGCUGAUGAGGCACAGAAACAUGCAGAGAGCGUGUGCAGAUCCACAGGUCGACUGUCUGCGGCGGUCUGCCGGCUCUGCCACGGGAAGUUCUCCUCUCGCAGUCUGCGACACGCCUUCCACAAACUCCCUCAGGAUCCGCCGGACACGGCCGGCGAGGCGGACGCCGCCGCCCAGUCGGCCCUCCUGUUCCACUCAGACUUCCAGCGCCUGGUCGGGGUGCGCUUGGACCGCGACCCUCGCCUGUCAGAGUUCAUCUGCAAAAAAUGCCACGCCAAGUUCUACAAGUGCCACAGCAUCCUGAUCCGGUUCCUGCAGAGAGUGAACCUCCCUGCAGUCGGGAAGGAGAACCUGAGAGUCCAGAAGAAUGCAAAGUGUCCCGAGUCGUCGCUGAACUGCAGCUCAGAACCACCGGCCUUCACCUCAGACCCAAAGUGCCUCCACAGCCUGGUGUCCUGGGCGCACCGCCACGGAGAGGCCUGCCGCUUCUGCCCCCACCUGCAGGAGGUGCUGGAGGGCCGGUGCUGGGGGUCCGUCCAGGCUGUGUGGGGCUGCGAGGAUGGCCACAGAUACACCAUGGACACCCGCUACAGCACUCCUCCUCGCCGGGGACGCACCGGCGGCCUCGAGGGCGGAGCUCCGGGGAGUGGUGACGGAGAGGUGUCGGAGGAGAACGAGGAGGAGGAAAAACAACCUUCUGGGGCGGGAAGGACGGCAUCAGGAGACGUGAGCUCUCAGAUCCACAGCGGUCUGAACGCAGCUACGGAGCAGAAUCAGAACCCGGCUCAGGAUGAGUGGACCGGCCGCAGCCAAGACGCUGCAGGUCUCGAGGAGAGGACGUCUCCAGCACCGGCCCAGAUGGAGGACCAGAACGCUGACAGUGAUCUGUCUGACAGGCUGGUCUCAGAGGAAGAGCUGGAAGAAGGUCCAAAGGGAAGCCUGUCAGACGAGGAGAUGUUCGAACCCUUCGCUGAAAAGAGAACUCGUCGAAUAAACGGACCCGACAAAACAAGACGAAGCCUCAAAUCUACAGAGGAGCCGAAAGUCAGGAAGAAACCUGGACCCAAACCGGGCUGGAAGAACAAGUUCAAACCUAAAGGAGAGGAGCUUCCCAACAUCUACAAGUGUCCGUAUCAGGGCUGUACUGCCGUCUACAGAGCACCGGAUGGGCUGAAGAAGCACAUCAAAGAGCAUCACGAGGAGAUGAGGGAGAGGCCGUGCCCCCAUCCCGGCUGCAACAAAGUCUUCAUGAUCGACCGCUACCUGCAGAGGCACAUGAAGCUCAUCCACACAGAGGAGAGGAACUACAUCUGUGACCAAUGCGGUCAGACCUUCAAGCAGCGGAAGCACCUGUCUGUCCACCAGAUGAGGCAUUCAGGAGCAAAGCCACUCCAAUGUGAGGUGUGCGGUUUCCAGUGUCGCCAGCGAGCGUCCUUAAAAUACCACAUGACCAAGCACAAAGCGGAGGCGGACCUGGAGUUCGAGUGCCUGAUGUGCCAGAAGCGCUUCGAGAAAGCACACAACCUGAACGUGCACAUGUCCAUGGUUCACCCGCUGACCCAGGCCGACGGCCCGAGGGGCGGAGCCCCGCAGCCGUACGCAGACCCGCACGCAGACCUGCACACCAUCACGCUGACCGGAGAGCUGGUCCAGCAGGACGGGGACAGAUGACAGCAGAGGGCCACAGAGGCUGUGAGGCAGCGAGCGGCCCGGCUCGCCGUCUGGCUCCUCCCACUUACAACAGUAAAGGUCAAACAUGAACACGCGCUUCCUUCAUCCAUGACUUUAGAAUCCAGACUUCAUCCCAGAUUUGAUCUGUGGAAACAGUUUCUGACCAACUGCCAGAAACAGCAGAAGAAUCUUGAACAUUUGAAGAAACAGAAGAAGAAGCUGGAAAAACGAGCGACUGAAGACUUCACUUCAUGUUUUUGUGUUUAAAGACGGAUACGACAGCACCUCGACAACAUCCAGAGAGCCGGCCGUUCGGUCAGAUUUACUCUGAACUUGGAUCAGAGCAGAAAGGAAGUGAAGUGUUUGUUUAGGGUUCAGACGUGUUCAGACCUCCGUCAGUCUGAACACAGACAGACGGUCGGCUCCAGAAAACAUUUCAGUGUCUCUGAACACAAACUGCUUCAUCUGUUGGAAUGUCCUGUUAUGUUGAGUUCUCACGUUACUGAUGGAUGCACUUUCAUGCAGUACCAGCUGUACCUGAAUGCAGAUUCCUGUGUUCCAAGCUGAGAACAUGCAGUUUCAUUUGAAGACGUCUGUUUUAAGUUAUUACUCUUUAAAGAGUUUAUUUUAGAAUGUAGCAAUGGAAGGGCUUCACAUGAACAUGUGUGCAAACAAAUGUGCACUGUCUAAAGAAUGAAAUAAAAUGUACAGUUUUUGUUA